AAAAAAAAAGUACGAUGGCGCUGGCCGUGCACGGCGGUUAUCUUCCCUCCAAAUUCCAAUUAUGGCGGCGAACCGUCGUCUCUGAAAUCCGACCAAACCCGCCGUCGUUAUUCAUAACUACAAAGCUAAGCGACAUUGACAUCCACCGCGUCCGUGACCUCUACUCCGAUUGCAACCACUCUUGCCACCGCUUCCCCAACCUCGACGCCGACGGCCGAGUCGAUCCCGUCGACCUCAACAAGCUCCGAAAAGCUCUCCGCCACAGCUCCGUCGUCGUCUCGGUAUUCACCCAGCCGGAUUUCUCCUCCCCUUUGGCGAGUAUUGGAGGUGAUUGGGUUCGGACGGCGAUGCCUGUGACGCCGGCCAACGGCCAGCUGGUUGGAUUUGGUCGCGCCGUCUCGGAUUCUGCGCUCACUGCUUCCAUCUACGAUGUCAUGGUUAUUCCUCCAUUAAGGCGGAGGGGCAUUGGCAGGAGGAUAGUUCAAGUGAUACUAAGGAUGCUAACAAAUAAAGGCAUAUAUGAUAUAGCAGCCCUCUGCUCCGAUGUAGAGAAACCCUUCUUUAGCGCAUGUGGAUUCGGAGAUGAUAUACUGGGAUCCACUACAAUGAUGUAUACUAGGUCUACUUCUCAAUAUUCAAAUGGAGAUCAGGUGGUUAAAAACAUAGGCAGAAAGCAGAUGCUAAUUCCACCACUGAGAGCGGGCAUUAAAUCAUGAGCUUUAUAUGCUGAUGAUAGAGUUGACAACAUAAGAUGCCUUCAUUAAAAUCUACUCCCCAGUAAAUUUCCCAAGGUUCAAGGAGCUCCAUUUCAAAGACAAAAGGGGAGAUGGUGCUCAUGAUGAUAUAGCUAAAGUUAUUGAAAUCUAUAUAAUUCUGUAGAAAUGUGAUUUAUGGUGGAAUAUUUCUUUACAGACAAAUUUAGUAGUAUUCCAACUGACUAUAGCUGUAGAAUUUAUAGAUAAAUUACUUUUUUUUUGUGUGGACCCCCCUCUUCAUUAUCUUCACAGUUUUCUGCUGCCAACUUUUUGACUAAUUUUCUGAUUCUUGCCCAUCUGUGAUGCACUAAUGAGUCAUAUUAUGGAAAGGAGUGAAGUGGAUUACUCUUAACAAAACCUAGGUAUAAAGCACAGCCAUUUCACCUUUCUUCAUCAGCUUUAUCAAGGAAAGAGCCUGGAAGAGGCCACAUUGCUUUGUGUAUCAGCUACUGAGAUUCACUGGAAAUGGGGAAGAUAUGGAUUGAAGUUGGUAUGAUGUCUGCUCGGGGGCUUCAGCGUACAUCUUCUCUGUGGAAGCUUCAAUGGUAUGCUGUUGGAUGGAUUGAUCCGAAUGACAAGUACUGCACCAAGAUUGAUUCGUCAGGUAAUGUGAAUCCUGUUUGGAAAACAAAGUUUUCUGCUUUAGUUGAUUCAUCUAAACCAGACUUCCAAGACUUGGCCCUGCAUGUUGAGGUUUACAGCCGAGAACCCAUCUUCCUUAGAGAAAAGCUUCUGGGGACUGCCACUAUUCUCCUAAAAGAAUUUCUUGAAAAGUAUGCAAACAUUUCAGAGGCUUCUUCAAGGUCAGUUGAAGAAGUUGGGAGCUUUCAGCUGAGGAAAAAGAAUUCCAACAAACCUCAGGGUUUCAUUGAUAUCUCAAUCAGAAUUUCAGAGGAAAAUGAAGAGCAUAGCACCUACCCAGGUGAGUAUGGGGGCUUUAAGCUUGCAGAUAACAGCAAUGGCAUCAAUUUGGCUAAUGGAUAUGGACCCCCACAGUCAUACCUCCCAUCAUCAUCUCUACCCCCCUUGAAGUUGCCUGAAAAUCAUCCACCAGGAAAUGGCCAAUAUCCCCAUCCGGUGCCAAUACCAACCAACUAUUAUCAUCCAUCAAUAAGUGGACCAAGCUACCCAUCAGCAGGGCGACCAAGCCAUCAACCAUCUUGGACGACUCCUCCGCCUCCUCUACCUGCUAAUGUUGGUUACGCUCCCACUUUUCUCCCGAGGCCCAAUAACAUGUCGUCCAGUUACAUAAACAUGCCAUCUAAUGGAGCAGCACCUGCACGAGGUCCUGGAUUUGGCGUUGGAGCCGGACUUGGAGUUGGUGCAUUAGCAGCAGGUUCUAUGAUCUAUGGCAAUGACUUCAUGUCGGGAUUUGAUCUUCCUAGUGGAUUACAAGGUGCCUCUCUAACCAUUUCAACAGACCCUCCCUUUUGAAAAAUCCAAUUUCAAUCUGUUGUAACAUGGUUCAUAACUUCAUAUACAUUUCAAGUUCAUAUGGUUCGGUAUUGAAUUAAGAACACCACUCCCUGUAUACAUCUCAUUUCAAUCAAGAUUUUGCAGAGAGUUUUCAA